UAUAAACACUAUCAUCACCGUAACCAUACCCAUUUCAAGAUAUGGAAUGCCAAACAUAUCCACAAUUUUUCUCUCAACUUUAUUGCUUGCUAGCUUUAGCUUUAGCCAUAAAAAUCUCUUACAAAUGGCGAAUCCUCAUGAACAAUAAAUCUCGAUCUCUUCCUCCUCCUCUUCCUCCGGGCCCAACGGGUUUUCCAAUCAUCGGUUGCCUUCCAACCAUGGUCAAGAAUAAUAUUCCGACCUUUAAAUGGAUGCACCAAUUCAUGGAAAAUAUACACACCGAAAUAGCUUGUUUCCGUCUUGGAAACAUCUAUUUCAUCACGGUUACAUCCCCCGAGCUAGCUUGCGAGUUCUUGAAAAAGCACGACGCAAUUUUCGCCUCAAGACCUAAGGUGAUGUCUUCGGGAUUGUUCAACAAGGGCUACACAUCAACAAUCUUUUCGCCAUUAGGCAACCAAUGGAAGAAGAUGAAGAAGGUUCUUGUAACAGAAGUGCUCUCUUCUUCGAUGCACAAAAAGUUCCACGACAAAAGAUGCGAAGAAGCUGAUAGAUUAGUAUGGUAUGUUCAUAGACAAUGCUCGAAUGAACUCAAUGAUGGGAUUGUCGAUGUAAGAUCCAUAGCCCAACAUUAUUGCGCCCGUGUCAUCAAGAGAUAUAUUUUCAAUAAGAGGUCUUUUGGAAAGGAAAAGAAAGAUGGAAGCCCGGCAAUCGAAGAUGUAGAACACAUGGAGGCAAUCUUCACAGUCUUAUUUCAUCUCUAUGGAUUUUCAAUUGCUGAUUUCUGUCCAUGGUUAGAGGUGUUCGAUUUCGAUGGCCAUAAGAAGAUUAUGACAGAUGCAAUUGCCGUUUUGAACAAAUAUCAAGACCCUGAAAUUAAUCGAAGAGUCGAAAUGUGGAAGAAAGGGAUUGCAAGUAAUGAAGAGGAUAUCAUCGACGUAAUGAUCAACCUCAAGGACUCCGAAAACAAUCCCUUGUUGACAAUUCAGGAGAUCAAAGCAAACAUUAAUGAUUUAAUGAUAGCUACGAUCGAUAAUCCAUCAAAUGCCGUCGAGUGGAGUAUUGCGGAGAUGAUCAAUCAACCAAAAAUCUUCGACAAGGCACGCCAAGAGCUGGAUCGCGUAGUCGGUAGGGAUAGACUUGUCGAAGAAUCGGAUCUCCCUAAGCUCAACUACAUCAAAGCAUGUGCUAAAGAGUCAUUCCGGUUGCACCCUAUAGCCCAUUUCAAUCUUCCUCACGAAUCAUCGAAGGAUGUUGUCAUUGGAGGCUAUUUUAUCCCGAAAGGCAGCCAAGUGUUACUUAGCCGUCGUGGCCUUGGGCGCAACCCUAGAGUUUGGGAAGAACCACUCAAGUACAAACCGGAGCGCCACAUCACCGGAAAUGGGGACACCGGCGAGGUCAUGCUCCCCGACCAUGAAUUAAGGAUGUUGUCGUUUAGUACAGGUCGGCGUGGCUGUCCUGGGAUCAUGCUUGGCUCUACUUUAACAACCAUGCUUCUGGCCAGGCUUAUCCAAGGGUUCCAUUGGAAGGCGCCACCAAAUGGGCCGGCAACAAUCGAUUUAGGCUUGCCGGAGGAUGAUAAUUCUCUAAUGAAGAAGCCACUUCUUGCUCAUGCGACGCCGAGGUUACAACCACAAGUUUAUCUGCAGCACUAUUCGUGAUUUUGUGUGGUUGUUUGGAAGUUUGAAUUUGGGGAUUUGGAUUUUGAAUUUCGAAUUGGAAUAGUUGUUUAGUACGAUAUAGUGUUGAUUUAAGAUUUCAAAUAUAAAAUUAAUUUUUAUUAUAAUAUAAAAUAUUUAGUGUGAU